GUCAUAUGUAGCAACCUAACGAGGAAGAGCUGUACAAGCCUAAUCCACACUUCAUCAAAGUGCAUGUUCAUAUUCCCAGGCCUCACCUCGGUAGUCGGCAUUCAGACCAAGGGAUUGGGAGGCUCCUAUCUUCGGAUCAUGCAACAUGAGCCCUGUCAAGUUAUCCAAAAAUAAUCACUUUCACCAGCUGCGUAUUCCCUUUUCUUUCAUUGGUAGCCCGCCACAAAGUCCCAAUGAAGCUCCUCCUGCCAGGUGUCUACCAGUGUUCUGGAUCACGUGAUGUGACCGAGUGCGCUAAAACCACCCCAAGUGGCUUGGUGCAUGUGGUCAGAGCCAAAAGCGAGAAACUUCAUCACACCCAUUCUCAGACGUGACCUGUCACUCGUCAAGAUACGUUUGAACCACGUAUCGCUUGGCUGCAAUGCUCUUUACGCAAGAUACCGGGUACGGCAGUGUGACCAAAUCCAGGGUAUGGCGAUCUGGCCAGGAGCUGAGGACUUUGCUGUCGUCGCGCGCGGAAUGGAGGCCCACGGGCCCUAUCUCCUUCCCUGUGAGGAUCGUGAACUUCCCUACCAAAAUACAAGGACUCGCUAACCCUUGAGCACAUCAAUUGCCAAACAGGUCAUCUCCAUGCGGUCGGAUCAGCUGUUGUUGGACUUGGUACGCAUGAGUGUGCCCAAUCUGCGUUAUAUUAUGCGGGCGAAGAAUUGGAGGCUCGAUUCGGCCAUCCUGCCGCCACGAGCCUCCUGCAAGUCACAGGGGGCAGCCAGCAAGAGCCAGCCCGCGACGUGUCCUGGGUCUCACUUCUUUUUGAUUUGGCAUUCGGAAGAACACUGCACUCCGACCUUGCACGACCCGUUCUAGCGUACCGCCUGUCACAGACACUGAUCCCGGCCAGGCCUGACGGCCCCUGCCUACAGGGGACUCAUCAAGUCCAGUGCCGCUGUAAGCAGUGAUUCUCGACUCUCAAGUUGAUACUCAUCCCACGUUUGUUCUUUCAGCUUAGAGUCCUUCACGCCACCACAUGCGUUCUGGGUGGUGACUGUUUGAGUCUGAAUCAAUUCAAUAUUAUCGAAGUCGAUAGUCACAGCUCUAGACUGCCUUCCGUCAAGAAAUCUCGCUGUGGCCGUGUCGUUGCCCAGAUCCUUUUUGAAUGCUGAGCUUACAUGCCGCCUAUUGAAUUGCGCAGGGUGACUUGGCCUGGCUAGUAGAGGAGCUGCGGAUUCUGUACCGGAUUAGUACCCUGUAGCUGUUGAUGAUCUCUCUCCACACAGUCUUUACUUGAAUCAUUGAAGCCUUUCAGUCAGUCUUUACUCUUGGGUCUUCCCAACCUUACACUCGUUCAUUCUUCGUUGUGCUUUGAGCGUUGGUGCUCUGUAAUAUAAUCGAAAGUAUGAGGUUCUCGUGGACUGUGGUGGCUCUAGCCUCACGGCUUGUGAGCAAUGUUCGUGCGGUUGCUGAUACGGACUCUCUGAUGGAUGCAGAUCCCGCACAGGCAGGAUAUCUUCCAAACCAUAAUAUGGAUCCCAGCAUCAUUUCCAGUGGAGGAUUCGGUCAGAUCUGGUCGUAUUCUACACCCACUGGCGCAUCCGAACAGUUCUAUGCCAAGCCUCUCGUUUUCACACCUUCGACUACUGGACGUCAGACUGUUCUCUCCUUCUCCGAACAGAACAGAAUCUACGCUCUAGAUGCUGUGAACGGUACGCUACUUGCAACUCGCGACCUAGGACUGGAAGGAGAAGGCCCAUUUGCUGUUUCCGACCUGGGACAGUGUAAUGAUAUCAGUGGAACUAUUGGUGUUACUGGUACACCGGUUAUCGAUCCUGCCACCGAUACUGUCUACUUCUGGGCCAAGAGUUAUCUUAGUACUGUCAAAGGGUUUCAAAAUGGUGCAUAUCGAUUCCAUGCCAUUGAUGCUGUCACUCUUAAAGAGAGGGCGGGGUUUCCAAAGAGCAUUCAGGGAACACCAGCCGACAAUGAUGUGAGCCGAAUCUUCACCGGUGGAACUGUGCUGCAAAGGCCUGCAUUGAAUAUUGUGAAUGGUAUUGUCUUUGCGGGUUUCGGUGGACAUUGUGACCAAUACAAUUUCACUGGAUGGGUUGUUGGUAUGCAAACAAAUACUGGCAAGUUGAUGACGGCAUUCGCAACUGUCGGCGGCCCUGGCUCUCCAGCCCCAGGUGGCGAAGAAUACAAGGGUGGUGGAGGUGGUGCUGCGAUCUGGAUGGGUGGUUCUGCUAUCGCGUCCGAUCAAGCCGGGCGUAUUUUCUUCGCCACAGGAAAUGGUCAGAAAGGAGCUCAGAAUCAAGGACAGCCAGCUUCUGGUCGACUAAAGCUGAACACCAUGAACGAAGCUGUUGUGAAUAUGGCUGUCAAUCCUACUACGGGCGUCGUAACUCAGUCUGACUACUUCGAGCCAUAUACAUAUUCAGCCCUGGAUAAUGCCGAUCGAGAUCUUGGAUCUGGUGGUGUUGCUCUUCUGGACCCGAAUACUUUUAAUGGAAAUGGCGUUGCCCGGAUUGCUGUUACUGUGGGGAAGAAUGGAGUCUGUUAUGUGCUCAAUGCGGACAAUCUGGGAGGUUAUAAACUAGGAACAGGUGGAACAGAUGCCAUCCUUCAGACGAUCACAAUGCCAGGUAGCGGCCCCGUCUUUGGUAAUCCUGGAUCCUACCCAUUGGAGGGCGGCUACAUGUAUAUCACUCCUAAUGGAUACCCUACUCUCGUGUACAGCUUCGGAAAGACUUCAACUGGCAGCCCAGCAUUCACGUUGGUUGCUCAGUCCGCGGAUGUAUCUGCUGGCCGUGUCGGUACUGGUUCAGCAACGAUUACAACCUACAAAGGACAGCCAGGAACUGCGAUCUUGUGGGUCGUAGAUCCAGAUGCAGGACUUCGAGCGUACAAUGCGGUCCCUUCCAAUGGCCAGUUGACAAAGCUUACACUUCCACCCACGCCAGCGGUAGCCAAGUUUCAGCGUCCUGCAUUUGGGGAUGGAAGGUAUUAUCUCUCGACCUCGAAUGGAAAGAUUCUUGCUUACGGAUCCCCUGUCGCUCUACCAAUGACCUGCAAUACCCCUAUUGAUUUUGGACAGGUCGCAAUUGGUGACACAAAGACCUUGAUUGUGACGUGCAAGACCAACAUUGCAAUCACCAAACUGAAUGGGUUUGCUACCAAUAAGCCUGUUUUCCAAGUGUCGAACUCCAGUCUACCAACAGGACCUCUUGCCCUUGGAGCCACCUUCAGCUUCCCUGUAACUUUUAACCUAACAGCACUCAUCCUCACUGGCAGUACCUCCUCUCCCUCUGUGACCCCCGGUGUUCAGACUUCCUCUGUUUGGAUCUCAACUACGAAUGGGAAGGCGGGAUUCGCUCCCCAGCAGCCUAUCAGUCUGACCGGAACUGCAAUCAGCGCUGCACCAUUCAUUACAGUCAAUCCUCUCCAAGUUGAUUUUGCCGGAGUCGUUGUUGGCUCAGCCAACUCUGAAUCUGGAAGCGAUGCCACUUUCAUUCUCAGUAAUGUGGGCUUGAGUGACAUGACAGUUCUUGGUAUGGUCUGGACAAGCGAUGCAGUGAAUUCUCCGAAUGCCGUCUUCCACAAUCUAACAACAGUCAAUGGUAAGAUGUUCCUUGAUGGCCCUGGGUACUUUACCUCGACGACUUUGCCAUCAAUCGGCCAAGUCAUUCCAGCGGGAAGCACAAUGACUGUGAAUGCAAAUUUCAAUACCAACAUCACUGGCACCUACUCCUCAAUUGUGAAAUUCUACACCAACGGUAACACCGCGUACACUCUGUUCACUGGAUCUGCCGCUACAAAUCCUGUUGCUCUUCUCGAGUAUUCUACAAACGAAGGUGGUUGGGUCACGAUUCCCCACUGCACCGAUCUCGUGACUGGUUGCAUACCUCAGGUCAACUUCGCUCCAUCUGGAGGCUUGACUGCCCAAACAAUUCAGCUUCGCUUGACCAACAAUGGUGGAUCCGUUUUGACUGUUACAAAAUCAAAGCCUCUCGAAGGAGCCGAGCUUGGUGCAACCAACCCUUCUACUGACUUCUACGAGGGUCAGACCAUCCUGCCGGGGAAGUCUGCCAUCGCUUCUAUCCUGUUCUCUCCUGGAGCAGCGAUUCUGAACGCAGAUGAUGUCACAUACAGUGGUGCUUGGACUCUGAAUACAGACGAUCAAACAUUUGGCGUUCACGUCAUAACGUUCAAUGGUGUUGUGACGUCCAAAAAGACUGGACCAUUGACAUCUUCUGGACAGUCACUUUACAAAUAUCUCGGAUGCUACCAGGACUACGUCAACAAUGUGCGACUAGAGCCAAAACAAAUCAACAACGCAAGCCUGACGAACGGCUGGUGUCAAUCUCAGGCUCUGGCUGCUGGUGUUGUAUUUGCAGGCACAGAAUACAUGACAGAAUGCUGGGUUGGAAACGUCAUUCCAAGCCCAACUCUCAAAGGUCUAGAUUCCCAGUGCGCCUACACAUGUGGUGGAUCGUCAAAUGAGGCUUGUGGAGGCGUCAAUGGUUUCAUUUCACUAUAUUACGAUUCAUCAAGAUAUUUCCCACAGAAUGGUACAAUCCUCGGCACCUCUGGACUCGGCCCUCAACGACCUAAGACUAUUGGAGCAUACAACUAUGCUGGAUGUUAUUCGGAUUCACAAACUGCGAGAAGUCUGGUUGGUAAACAGACUGCUGGAGCCACCAUAUCUUUGGAUACGUGUGCCUCGUUCUGCCAGGGUUUCAAUUAUUUUGGAGUUGAAUAUGCAAAUGAAUGCUACUGCGCAAAUACUUUAGCAGCUUCGUCUGUGCUGAAACCAGAUGCUGAUUGUAGCAUGAACUGUGCUGGCAAUAGCUCGCAGUUUUGCGGUGCUGGAAGUCGUCUGUCGCUCUAUUUGAAGAACAGCACAGUCCUACCCUCCUCAAGUUCCUCGCCUUCAGGUUCCACGGCAAAGCCAUCCUCGACUUCGGUCACCGUUGGACCAACCGUCACACCGGUCUCUGGCGGAUACACAUCUUUGGGCUGCUACAGUGACAAUGAUGUAACCCAGAGAACAUUAGUCGGGGCGGCAUUCCCUGAUCCAGGUCAGACAAUUGAGAUGUGUGCUUUGAAAUGCAAGAAUUUUGGCUUCUUUGGGGUGGAAUAUGGCGUAGAAUGUUAUUGCGGGCCUGCAAUUGUCGACUCCAGUGUUCUUACUACAGAUGGAAGGUGCAAUAUGCCGUGCGGUGGUAAUUCAGCCCAGACCUGCGGGGGAAGCUACGGAAUGAAUAUAUACAGCUACAAUCCCAUUAGCUCGAGCUCAACAGUCAGCACUAGCUCGUUGUCUAGUCGCGUCUCGACCGUCACCCCCAGUAUCGCUUCCACAAAAAGCACCUCUGUCUCAACAAGUGCUCCUACUGGUACUUCAAAUCCAUUCACGUCCAUGGGCUGUUGGACUGACAACGACGUCACCGAACGCACACUUAUUGGUGGCGCGUACACUGAUCAGGCUCUGACGCUUUCGAUGUGCUCGGCCUUCUGCCAGGGUUUUGCCUACUUUGGAGUGGAGUAUUCAGUUGAAUGCUAUUGCGGAAAUAAUUUCGGUUCUACCUCAGCACUUGCAACGGACGGCCGUUGCAAUAUGCCUUGCAAAGGGGACACAACUCAGACAUGUGGAGGGUCAUACGGCAUGAACAUUUACAAAGUCCCAACUCUCAGCUCAAGCUCCAGCUCAAGUUCUGUUGUCGCGGUAUCAACUUCAACAGCUUUGGCUAGCCGUACAUCGACUUCGUCAACAAAAUCCUCCACUCCCACGCCUUCAAUACCUGCGGUCAUCAACGAAUUCACAUAUCAACAUUGCCGCAGUGACAACACAACUAAGCGUACUAUGGUCGGUAAAUACAUUGCAAAGCCCGAUAUGACUUUAGAGAAUUGUGCUGGAAAUUGUACGGGUUACAGAUAUUUCGGAGUUGAAUAUGCUUCCGAAUGUUACUGCUCGAAUCAAUUGAGUUUCGGUAGUUUCAUUGCCACCGAUGGGAGAUGCAAGAUGCCAUGUCUCGGAAACAAAAUGGAGAUCUGUGGCGGCUCUGGGGGCCUUACCCUUUACUCGAACGAAACACUUCCUGGAAGCUCCUCCAGCAGCUCAUCUGUCCUACUAUCCACGACCUUGUUUUCGGCCACGGCAUCAGUGAGCUUAACUUUGUCGAGUUCUGUGAGCUCUGUUACUUCGAAGUCCUCCACCUCGGCAACCUCUUCCGCGUCAGCUCGACCAACGGCAACUGGGCCAACACCCGCCUAUAUCAACGAUUUUAAUUAUCUGUACUGUGCAACUGACGUCAAUGAUGAUCGCACUCUUUUCGGCAAGUAUCUUGCAUCUGGAUCCAUGACCCUUGACUUGUGUGCAUCGACGUGUGUGGACUAUAGAUUUUUUGGGGUGGAAUACGGUAGUGAAUGCUUCUGUGGAGACACACUCGCUGCAAUAAGUACCAAUGCCACUGAUGGCAGGUGCAACUAUCCUUGUCCAGGAAAUGCUGCCGAGACUUGCGGCGGACUAAGCGGCUUGACCCUUUAUACCAAAGACUCAGUUUCACUCGUCUCAGGCACAUCGUCGGUGGUGUCAUUUUCAAGCUCUUUGAGCACUCUGGCGGCAUCCAGUUCCUCCACCGCGCUACCCUCAAUAUCCCCUUCGUCGGGUCUCUCGAGUCUGUCAAGCUCUCUACAACCGUCAAGCUCAUCGAGUUCCACCGUUGUACCCUUAACUACGUCUCGGUCAUCUAGCUCUGUUCCAGCAACAAGUUUGCCCUCGUCUAGUGUUCUGAGUACUAUAAGCUCUACAAGCUCGUCAUCACUGUUAAUGACAUCCACAUCAUCGUCUUCUUCUUCUCAGUCAAUAUCCAGCUCGACCCAGUCAACAUCCAGCUCAUCUCGGUCCAGUUCAGUUCCAACCUCCUCAAGUUCGAGCAGCACUAGGCCAUCAAGUACACUAGUGUCUACGACCGGCUCCAGUACACCUUCAGCCACAGCAUCCCCAGAUACAUGGAAUUAUCUUGGCUGCAUGAACGACACUACAACUGCUCGUGCAAUCUCCGGGGCUACAUUAACAAAUACGACUGCGAUGACCGUUGGUAUGUGCAAGGACUUCUGCGAGUCCAAGAACUACCCGCUUGCCGGGCUCGAAAAUCUAGGAAUCUGCUUCUGCGGCCUUGCAGUUAAGAAUGGUGGAUCUCUUGGUCAGAUAGGAUGCACUUCCGCAUGCCCAGGCGACAAGUCUCAAUUCUGUGGUGGGUCUAAACGUCUGAAUGUCUAUAAGAACACGGCGUACAUUCCUCCGACCAUUCCAAGAAGCAGUGGGCCUUACAACUACACUGCAUGCUACACGGAAUUGACGAAUGCUCGAGCCAUGACAGGUUACACAUUUACCAACACCACAGGGAUGACUGUGGAUGUGUGCACCAGUACAUGCUCGACCAAGGGCUACUUGCUUGCCGGUCUGCAAUUCGGAACUCAAUGCUAUUGCUCAAAUACCAUAUCCGCUGCUGCUCCUGUUGUUGAUGAUAGCCAGUGUCAGGUCUUGGCUUGCCCAGGGGAGAAACUGCAAUACUGCUCGGCAGCAAGCAGACUUCAAGUCUACUCUAGCUAGAAUCCUUCAACACUUGUACUAGAUCUGUGGAAAAGGAAUGGUCGAGAUGCCGUACAUGUCUGCAUGAACUUCCUUCUUUCAGUUGCAUUAAAUUGGCACACAUUGCCAUCUAGAUUUCGUUUAUAAUACCAGCAGAUUGGGUCGCAGAAAAAUGAUAUUUAAAGAGUGAAAUGUGGCGAGAAAUAUUCACCUGUACAUUUGUAACUUCUUGCUUUCUUUAAUUGAUCUUGAUAUAACUUCUCGA